GGCUGCGCGCGCAGGGUGCUCGGUGACCGGAUAGUGUAUUUUUUUUUUAUUUUUUUUUUGGAGAGCCGCGGUUUGUUGGUGUGAGGGAAGCCGGGGAGGUUUGGUCUUUUCAAAGAGAACCAUUUUUUUUUAUCAAUGGUUACAAAAAGAUAGCAGUAAUUAGUGGGAAGUCAUUGACUUGAAAGGAAGAAUGAGUUCACUUAAACCAAGUGGGCUUAAGGCGCCAUCGAAGAUAGCAAAGCCUGGAACUGUAGCUGCUAAAACAUCUGCUACUGCAACUAAUCCCCCUGUAAAAGCUGUAGAGAAACCCGCCACAUCACCAGCUUUAGAAGCUCCAGAAGGUUUUGUGGAUGAUUUCAGAGUAGGAGAACGUGUCUGGGUAAAUGGAAAUAAACCAGGAUUUAUUCAGUUUCUUGGUGAAACCCAGUUUGCUCCCGGACAAUGGGCUGGAAUAGUUCUAGAUGAACAAAUAGGCAAAAAUGAUGGGGCUGUUGCUGGUGUCCGAUACUUUCAGUGUGAAGCCUUAAGGGGAAUUUUCACAAGACCCUCAAAGUUGUCACGGAAACCUUUGGAAGAUGAGAGCAAUGGCACCCAAUCUGCGGCUGCAACUAGAGCUACCUCGCCAACCUCAGUGUCUUCUAAUUUGUCUCCACUGCCGUCUGCCCCAACACCUCUGAAAAGCACAACAACUCCUGCCAAGGAGUUCUCAACACCGCCAAACAGCAACCUGACCCGAACAGCAAGUGAAUCCAUAUCCAAUCUAUCGGAAGCUGGAUCAGUGAAAAAGGGGGAAAGAGAGCUCAAGUUGGGUGACAGAGUCUUGGUAAGUGGUUCCAAAGCUGGAGUAAUCCGCUUCUUGGGGGAGACAGAUUUUGCCAAAGGUGAAUGGUGCGGUGUUGAAUUAGAUGAACCUUUAGGAAAGAAUGAUGGGGCAGUUGCAGGAACAAGGUAUUUUCAGUGUCAGCCAAAAUAUGGAUUAUUUGCACCUGUGCACAAAGUUACACGGAUUGGAUUUCCGUCAACCACCCCAGCCAAAGCCAAAACCUCCGCAAGAAAAGUACCUGCAACACCAAGUACUCCGGCAUCCUUAAAACGUAGUCCUAGUGCAUCAUCCAUUAGCUCAAUGAGUUCAAUUUCAUCUUCUGUAAGCAACAAGCCAAGUCGCACCGGACUGUUAACAGAAACAUCGUCCCGAUAUGCAAGGAAAAUCUCUGGAACAACAGCUCUUCAGGAAGCGCUGAAAGAGAAGCAGCAGCACAUUGAACAACUUUUGGCUGAGAGGGACAUGGAAAGGGCAGAAGUUGCAAAGGCAACAAGCCACGUCGGAGAAGUAGAAAACGAGCUAGCAGUCAUAAGAGAUGGACAUGAUCAGUAUGUGAUGGAAAUGGAAGCAAAGAUGGAUCAGUUGCGUUCCUUAGUAGAAGCAGCCGAUAGAGAAAAGGUGGAACUUUUAAACCAGCUGGAAGAAGAGAAGAGGAAAGUUGAAGACCUUCAGUUCCGUGUCGAGGAAGAAUCUAUAACUAAGGGUGAUUUAGAGACGCAGACCAAACUGGAGCAUGCCCGCAUUAAGGAGCUUGAACAGAGCCUGCUCUUUGAAAAGACCAAAGCUGACAAGCUUCAGCGAGAGUUAGAAGAUACUAGGGCCAUAACAAGACCAGUAUCCCUUAAUGUGGCAACUGUUUCUGAGAAAUCUCGCAUUAUGGACUUGGAAAGAGACUUGGCUCAGAAGGCAAAAGAAGUAGUGGACCUAAGACAGAAGCUAGUGGAGUGUACCAAGCAGCCUGGGGAUGUAGACACGUCUCUUUCACUACUACAAGAAGUGAAUUCACUACAGGAAAACAUAACUGUUUUGAACAAGGAACAUGAGCAAGAAAUAGCUUCUCUUAAAGAGAAACUACAAAGUGUAGAAAACAGUGAAAAGGAGGUAGCUACUCUCAAGGCAUCCGUGGACAAGUUCUCUAAGGAGAACGACACGCUGAAAAUAAAGCUCAACCAUGCAAAUAAAGAAAAUGCCGACGUCAUAGAGCUUUGGAAAUCCAAAUUGGACUCUGCGAUCAGCUCCCAUCAACAAGCAAUGGAUGAGCUGAAGAUUUCGUUUAGCAAAGGCCCCAGCACAGAUAACUCUGCUUUAAUUGAACUCAAGGCGCAGAUAGAGAACCUCAGGUUAGAGUAUCAGAAGGAGACUGAACAACUUAAAUCUAAACAAGACGCAGAGCGUGCUGAUCGACUGAGAGAAAUAGAGCUCUUGAAGGUGAAACUGCAAGAGUCUAAUGAAGAAAAAGAAUCUGAGCUCGAUGUCCUAAAAGCCAAGCUGGAGAGUGCAGAAGAACAGCACCUGAUAGAAAUGGAAGAUGCAUUAAACAAGCUACAUGACACUGAAAUUAAGGUAAAAGAGUUAGAGGCUCUGCAAACCCAAUGCAGAGACCAGAGUCUUACGAUUGAUAAAUUAACAGCCCAAGUGAAAGACACAGAGGAGAGACUGUUGAGUCUUGAUGCAGGGCAGAAAAUAGAAACUGAAUAUAAAGAGGACAUUUUGAGAUUUAAGGAAAAAAUUGAGGCAGCAGAAAUGCAAAUAAAAAAUCUUGAGUGUGAAAAGGUUGCAGAAAGUAUUAAGUCCAAUAACUUAACUAACGAGUUGCUGAAACGUGAUGAAAAACUUGCUGUCCUCGAGAGCAAAUUAAGUUCAUUGACUGAGGUCAAGGCUUCCUUUGAGAAAGAAAUAGAAGAAUUGAAACAAAAUGUCAGUAACUCUACUGAGGAUGCAAACAUUGUUAAACAAACUAUGCAAGAGACUCUGGAUAAGCUUACGAAGAAAGAAGAAGAGUGCGUAGAGAUGUAUAAAAAGCUGGAGCACCUGCAGCCACAGUGUACUGCCCUGGAGAAGAAGUUGAAAGAAAGUGAAGAAAAAGAACAACUAUUGCUGACGGCAAAAGCAAAAUUAGAGAAUCAGAUAUCAGAAAUGAUUCAGUCUUCUGGGGACAGCUCCUCUCAGCUUAACAAAUUAAAUGAAGAACUACAGUCCAGAGAAAGGGAUUCUGAAGAACUACAAAAGGAGCUUUUUAAAGCAAAAGAAACGAUAAUAAAGCUUCGUGAAAGUAUUGACGUAUUCAAAUCUAACAAACUUUCAUCUGAAGAAGCUCAACAGUCUCAUCAGGCUGAAAUAAAGAAAAUGGCUUCCCAGAUAGAAGAUUUGAAAUCAUUAGCUGAAAAAAGCCAAAAUGAAUGUAAGGAGCUACAGAAUAUGCAUGAGAAAUCCGUUGCUGAUUUGGUCUCUCAGCACCAAACAUUGAUAACUGAGCUUAAAGAUAACCUGCAAGCUAAAGAGGAGCUGUGGCAAGCCGCACAAGUCGGUCAGACCGAUAUGGUGAAACAAAUGGAGGAGCUGAAGCAACAGGCUGAACAAGCCAAGUCUUUAACCUCUGUGUUAGCAUCUACAAGGAAAGAGUUUGAAAUAAUAUCUGAAGAGCUGAGGGGUUUGAAAGAUGAAAGAGACACACUGGCCCAAGAGGCAAACAGUUUAAAGCUAGGGAAGGAAUCACUGCAGUUAAAACUUACGGACUAUGAAUGCCGCGUUGAUACAUUACAGCAAGAGCAAAGACAACUAAGGUCUCUAACAGAAGAACUGAGUGCUACAAACCAACGUAUCUUAAAUGAAAAACAAGAACUUGAAAACCUUUCGGUAACUCGCACUAUCGAUGUUGAUGCCCUGACCACGGAAAAAGAAACACUUCUGUCUGAUCUAGAAAGUAUGAAACAGGAACUUUUGAGGAUUACUUUUGACAAUGAAGACUUGCAGUCUACUGUGACCACAAUGGACAAGGAGAUAAAAGAUCUCAAGCAGAACAAUGAUACCAUGGUUACAAAUUAUCUGGAUCUUCAGAAAGAAAAGCAAGAAAUGCAGGAGAUUCAGAAGAAGCUUACAGAAGACAAAAUUGUGCUUGCCAAAGAAAAGGAUGAAAUUAUUGAGAUGCUUCAGAACUCCACAGAAGACAUGCAUAGUAAGCACCGUUCACUUAUGGAAGAACUUGCUCUUCUUAAAGCAGAGAAAGAAACUACUCUAUGCAAGCAGUCAGAACUUGAACGCAAGCUUUCUGAUUUAUUAGUGGAGCAAGAGAGAUUGAUGAAAACUUCAACGGAUGUAACAUCUGAAAGAGAGCAUCUUUCGGUAAAGCUUAGGGAGUUAAAUACACAGUUUGAAAACGCGCUUCAAGAAAAAGAAACCUUAAAGUCUGAGCACAUUGCGCUAAAAACAGAACUAUCUGCUGUGCAGGCGCAACUGGACAGAUCCAUGAAAGAAAAUAAAGAGCUUUCUAGUAGUAAAGACGCAUUGCUUAUCAUGUGUGCUAAAAUAGAAGAAGAAAAGCAGCAGUUGGAAGAGUGUAAAAAGAUGCUGAAAGAGGAAAACCUCUUUAUUUGUAAUGAAAAAGAUGGUAUUAUCCAAGUGCUCACAGGCUCUAAGGAGGACCUGGCAAAAGAGCAGCUUAACCUUACUAAUAAAAUAUCUGCUCUGGAGACGGAAAGGGAAACUAUGUUAGUAAAAAUUUCAGACCUUGAAAGUAGGUUGGUUGUUUUAACCGGUGAGCGCGAUGGGUUUGUGAUAGUCAACAAGGACUUAUCAUCUAAAAACGAGGAACUCUUAUUUAAACACGGUGAGCUAAAUUCCAUAUUAGGGGACGCACUUAGGGAAAAGGACAAAAUAAACAUAGAUUAUAAUAAUUUAGUAUCGGAAAUGAGUGCCAUUAAAACUCAACUUGACAGGUCAAUCAGGGACAACGAAGAACUGCAGACUGCUAAGGAGAGGCUAUCCAACUGCCUUGAAGAGAUCAAAACUAGCAGUAGUGCCACUGACUCUGAACGUGUCGGUUUGCUGCAAGAUAAAGAAAAACUGCUUUCAUCGGAGAGGAGAUUGUUAGCGGAAAAGGAAGAUCUCCUGAAACAAAAUGAGGAGAUUACAAAUACAUUCCAAAAGUCAUUGGGAGAGGCCGAGUUGGUUCAAAACGAAAUGAAAGAAGAGAUAAAUCAUCUAAAAAAUCAGAAUGUGUCAUUGGGCUUAAAAGUGGCAGAGUUAGAAAAACAACUUCAGUCUGCUGCUGAAGAGAGAAUUACAAUGAAAGAAAAGUUCUCUGAGCUUGAAUCUCAAGACAAGCUGCUCAUGAAUGAACUAAAGGUUAAAUGUGAGCUUUCAGAGUCUUCAAAUAUGUUACUAGCUCAAGAGAAGAACAGUCUCUUAGAAAAUAUUGAGUCUAUAAACACCAAAAUGGCUGAAGCAACAAAGAAAAUUGAAGAACUGACAAAAGCUAAAGAUGAUUUAUCAGCGUUAUUGGAGCAGACGCUACAAGAAAAAUCCCUUUUGGAAUCGGAACAUAGUAAUAUACUGUUAGAAAAGCAAACGUUGCUUGAUGAACUCAGUAAACGUAGCUCUGAUAUGGAUAAGGUGAUGAAAGAUAGAGAGGGACUAGAGGAGAAGUGCAAAGAACUUAAUAAGGGAUUUCAAGGUUUUGAGCAAAGGUUGAUACAAGAACGAGAACUCUUUGAGACUGAAAAGUUGAAAAAUGCUGAUCUCCAAAAGCGUCUCGAUGUCACUGUGGAGGAGAAGGAACAGGCGGAGAUCCAGAAGGAAAAGCUUCAAACUGAGAUGCAUAACCUUGCCCAACAAAAAGAAAACGUCGAGAACAGUUUGCACUCCAUAACGGAAGAAAAGGGCAUUCUAGAAGUGAACUAUAACAAUCUGUUAGACAGCAUUAAUCAAGUUAAGUGUGAGUUUGAGUCGCUGGCAAAAUCAAAAGCGGGGCUCCAGGACUCGUAUAACAGCGUUUGCAAAGCAUUGGAAGACCUUCGUGGCGAACAUGAAGUGACCGAGUCCCAACUGAAGAAAAUACUUGAAGAAAAAAUGGAGUUAAUAUCAGCUCACGAUAAUCUAAUAGCAUCAAAUGCCAAUAUCUUAAAAGAAAAGGAAUCCAUAAAUAAUAAUUACGAAAAGCUUUCCCUUGAAACUGAUGUUUUAACCAAAAAAAACAAUGAAGUUUCAUCCUUUGCUCGGGAUAUAGAGAACAAGUAUAAAGUUUUGAUGAGUGAAAAGGAAGACCUGGUAAUGAAAUUAAAUGACCUCCAGACUCUUCGCGGCAACGCCGAACAGAAAAAUAAAGAGGUGAGUCAGAUGGCAGAAGAAUCAUUGCAAAUAGUUGAGCAGUUAACCGCGGAGAAAACGACGCUAAUCAAAGAAAAGGCAGAGGCUGUAACAGCAGUAGAAGAACUCAAGAAGUUGCAGAAAGAAGUACAAAAGGAAUUGGAUGAUCUUAAAGUGCAGCAUAAAUCAGCAGGCGAGCAAAUGCUUAGGACGAAUGAGCUUCUAAAAGGAGAAUGCUGUAAAACGGAAACUCUCAAAAAAGAAGUGGAAGAGCUGAGGCUGGCAGCUGAGCACAAGUCCCAGCAGUUAUCAGCUCUGCAGGAGGAGAACCUCAAACUUGCAGAGGAGCUUGGAAGGAGCAAGGAGGAGGUGACAAGUAACCAAAAGCUUGAAGAGGAGAGAUCAGUAUUGAAUAAUCAGUUGCUAGAGAUGAAAAAAAGCUUGCCCAGUAAAACAAUAAGAGAAACCUUAAAAAAGAAAGAAUUUGAUGAAGCGAAGGCCUCUCUACAGAAAACUCUUGCCACUACUAGUGCCUUGAUCAAUGAAAAGGACAAAGAGCUGCAAAGGCUUAGAAAUGAGGUUACAGAGCUGCGGGGAGAAAAUGAAUCUGCAAGAAAUUUACAGUCAAUUGUAAAGUCAUUACAGUCUGAAAAAGAGAAGUUGGAGAAAAGAGUGCAAAAUUUAGAACAGGAACUCAAUGAAAACAGGAGACAACUGAGAAGUAUUUCUAACUCUUCAGGUGACGCGUCUUUUAACAGCCAAUCCCAAGAAGAAAAGGCUUCGCUGGAAAGCCAGGUUGAUUUCCUCAAUUCAGUCAUUGUAGACCUUCAAAAAAAGAAUGAUGAUUUAAAGCUCAAGUUAGAGAAGAUGAUUGAAGCAUCACUGAAUGGCAAUACAGUGGAAGAAAUGGAUAAUCAUGACAGCUUGAAUGGCACUCGGGCCAAGAAGAAGGUCCCCCCUCGCCUUUUCUGUGAUAUCUGUGACUGUUUCGAUCUCCAUGACACAGAGGAUUGUCCAACCCAGACUCAACUGCCCGACUCUCCACCUCACUCCAACUUCCACGGGAACAGAAAAGAGGAACGUCCCUACUGUGAUAUUUGUGAGGUGUUUGGCCACUGGACAAGUAGCUGCAAUGACGAUGAGACCUUCUAAAUGAAUCUCUCUCUACAACUGUCUCAUUCUGUUUUAUGACUGAACUCUCACCAGCAUUGUGUGCACGUGCUUCAGAAAACUGUAGAAAAAGGUUUACACAUCCAGUGAGAAAUAUGCAUUUAUUACUUGGAUUGGCUGAAUUCAGACUUGACCUAUAAAUCCAUAUAGUCAAAUGUUUUUGUGCAUUAACUGCUGCUUCAUUAUUCCAUUAAGGGCUUGUAAGGAAAUAAGAUAUAAGUAGCGUGACAUUUUGUGCAACUUAACGUUUAUUUUACAAAAAACAGAUAUCUGUUCAGGUGUGUUAAGCAUAAGGUUCAUAUUCGCACAUAAAUUGGCAAUUACGCAUUUCAAUGCCUUUUGAUAACAUGACACUGGAUGUACUAUACAUAUCAGUUUAGUUUUACGUUUCAUUACUACAAAACCGCGAUUACAGUAAAAGACAAUUAUCGUACCACCAAAUAAUACAAACACGCCUCUGAAGAUUAAUGGUGCUGCGAAAGGUAAAGAGAACCGAAGGAUUCUGAUGUAAUAUGAUGAGCGUUUAGUGGUGUGGCAUAUCCAAGGCAAAGUUUUCUGAAAUUUCUUUGCGCCAAAGUGAACUGACUAAACCUCUACCAUACGGUA